UCGCACGAAUCCACUAAUCAUUCAGUGGAGUUGCGUUGGAGAAAGAAGUGCUCUUUCGCACAAGAGAAACAAUACCUCGGUCACUUGUGAUCCAAAUUUUAUUUUUCUGUGUCAUUUUGUAAAAUUGAAGAAAAAAAACCGUAAGAAAGUUUUUUAAAAAAAAGUGUGAUAAGUUGUUUUUGGCAAGCGAAAAAAUAUUUAAAAAAAAAAACCGGUGGGACUAACGUUGAUAAAUAAUAAUUCCGUGAAGUGUAUUUAGUUCCUUUUUGAAAAUUGUGGGAAAAAUGCCAGAAACCGUGGUCACAGUGGAUUCUUCACAGCAGAGGACAGGAGCACAACCAAAGCCAGCCUCUAGCUUAUCCUGGAUUCAGUGCAAUGUCAGCUACUUUGUCACCCUGCCCGGAAUCCUCAAAAUCAUCCAACUGAUAUUUGGUGUUAUUUGCAUGGCUCUCACUUCACCUGCGCUUCGAGGAGGUACACAUUUCUUCCUCUUUGUCGUUGUCAUCACUUUCAUUGCCACACUCUUGUGGUGCUUCGUGUACUUGCUGGGCAUACGAGAAGUCCUCAAUCUGCCCAUCAAUUGGCCACUAACAGAACUGGUAAAUACAGCACUGGCCGCAUUGCUCUACUUCCUCGGAUUCAUUGUGCAAUUCAUUGCUUGGGGAGGAUCAACGUGGGCCGGAACAGGAGCCAAUAUUGCCGGUGGUGUCUUUGGAAUAUUCAACUUUUUGGCCUAUGUAGCAGGCACAUACUUCCUCUAUGUCGAUCAUAGAUCCGGCUAAUUUUUCUUUACAAAAUUUUUUAUAUACAAAAAAAAAAGGAAGUAAUUUUCACCCUCUCGCCAGAGGAUAAUGUUUAGUGCCAAAAAACACCACGCAAUUUUUUUUGUGUAAUUUUUUUUACAUAACUAAAUUAACUUAUAAAUGUACUUUUAUCCUUUGUUACUAUCUUUAUAUUAUUCAUUUUUUUGUUAUGUAUUCCUUUCUAUUGUGAAAAAGAUUUUUAAAAGAAAAAUGAAAUCCUCAGUGGAUUAAUAUUGUUCAUUUUUGUUUAGAGAGACAUUCAUCAUUAGAUAUUCAUGUAUUUUACUUUUCCUUAUAAAGAAAUCUAACAGUCUCUCAUCACAAAUUUAAGAAAUAAUUGUAUUUUAUUUUUUAAAACAACGAGAAGAAUGAAAAAACGAUUGUAAUAAAGUUAAUUUGUACUGUAGGAA